AGGAGUGCAUCUAAAUAUUAGGCCUACAACAAUGACAUUACCAAAAGCUGCCAUACUUCUUCUGACAUUUUGUUUCGUUAAGUCAGAGAAUGAUGCUAAAGUUCUUAUUCUCGGUGCUGGUGCGGCGGGUUUAAAAGCCGCUGAAGUUUUCCAUGACCAGGGAAUGAAUGAUUUUAUCAUCAUUGAAGGCACAAACCACACUGGCGGACGUGUGGCUGAUGUUUUGUUUGCUGGAAUGCGUGUAGAUAUCGGGGCAAGCUGGGCUCACCCUGGAAAUACCAAAAUCAUCACAACAGUUUUGGAUCUUGGAAUCGAACAUCAUGUAACAAAUUUCUCCUCUCGGUUGGUCUUUAACCAGGCUGGGAAUGACGUAACUGAUUCAACGAAGCCAAUUUUUGAAAAACUGGAUAAAGCUAUAAAGUAUAUGGCAGACAAAGCAAAGAUGUCAAUUGCAGAGGACGAACCUGACAUUUCCCAACGAGCAGCUCUUCGUUUGGGCGGAUGGUAUCCCAAGACGCCUGUAGAAAAAGCCAUCGAGUGGUUUGAUUUCGAUUUUGAAUGGGCUGACAUUCCUGAGGUAACCUCAACUAAGUCAACAGCUCUCUUAGAAACCGAUGAUGAUAUAUUAUUUGUUAAGGAUCCACGUGGGUUCAAGUAUAUAUUCAAAGAAUCUACUGCUUUCCUUUACGAGGACCCAGCAUUUGAAGAUCGUCUUCAGUUGAACAAGAUCGUUACUGCCGUGAAUUACGAAGGCGAUAAAGUGGUUGUGACGUGCAAAGAUGGAACCAAUUUUACUGGUGAUUACGUGUUGAUGACGUUCAGUCUCGGAGUCCUGCAGAACGAAGUUGUAGACUUUCAACCCGAACUCCCAAAAUGGAAAAUUCAGGAACUGUAUAAAUUCAUCAUGGCAGAUUAUACUAAAAUCUUUAUGAAGUUUGACAGUAAAUUCUGGUCAGAUGAGGAAUGGUUUGUGCAUGCGCACGCGAGACGAGGGUAUUUCCCUGUGUUUUACAAUCUGGAAGCUGAAGGAUUGUUCCCGAAAGGAACCAACAUGCUUGUAGCCUUUGUAGUGGGAAAUGAAGCAAAAAGAAUUGAACAGCAGUCGAACGAUGAAACCAGUGCGGAGAUCACGACUGUUCUUCGUACGCUCUUUGACGGAGCUACUGCACCAACUAAAAUCCAUCAAACUGACUGGAGUAUGAACCCCUUCACCUAUGGUGCUUACUCAAACUGGCCGGUUGAAGUGUCAGAAGAAUGCUUUCAAAAGAUCCAAUCUCGUGUCGGCCGAAUAUUCUUCGGAGGAGAGCACACUGAUGAGAAAUACAACGGGUAUAUUAUUGGUGGUCAACGAAGUGGUGAAAGGGAGGCCAUGAAAAUUCUUGGUUGUAUGGCCACCGGUGACGACGUUGAAUGCCCUAUAUGGACCAAACAGAAGAAGAUAGAUUGCGAUUGUGACUCUAGUAAAUGGCGAAAUGUUACGAUUGUUCUGUCCACAAUUAUUGUUGUCCUGACUGCGUUACCACUUAUUAUUUUACUUUGGAGACUUUGUCAUAAUACUAACUAGCCCUACAGGUAGUUUUUCCACUUGAAAAAAAUACGACUUACUAUUUGAUAUAAAA